GAGUCGAUUGAGUCCCGGUUUUGUCCUCGACAAUAUUCACCAACCUCAACCACAGCCUGCUAGGUUGUCAUGCUAUCGAAACGUGCCAUUGCUAUUGCGCGCAGCCGCGCUUUUUGUGCAAGUAAUCGUUCACAGACGUCUCUCUCCAAACUAUGGAACGUUGCCGGAACACAACUCACUCGCACUCAGUUCCAUACCUCACGUCUCUUGCAAGCUGAGACCGUCAAAGUACCGCAGAUGGCGGAGUCAAUAUCCGAGGGCACCCUCAGGUCUUGGUCGAAGAAGGUCGGCGACACUGUCGAGGCAGACGAAGAGGUCGCCACCAUCGAGACAGAUAAGAUUGAUGUCACUGUCAAUGCUCCCGUUUCUGGCACCAUUGUCGAAGCCCUUGCAAAUGAGGAGGACACCGUUGUUGUUGGCCAAGACCUGUUCAAGAUAGAGGCUGGUGCGGCCUCCUCGAAAACCAGCGAAAGUCCAAAAGAGUUACCUCCAUCGUCAAAGCAGUCGGACUCUGAAGAACCUGUUGACCAGCAAGUCGACAAAAGCGCUCCACCCCCGCCUCAGCCCUCUGGGGUUGAUAAGCAAAGCGGUGGCAUUCCUUCUGAUGGACCCAAAGAAUCGAAGAAGGAACUCAAGGAAGACGCCAAAACCUCCGCUAAAAAGGAGGAAACCCCUGCCGCGUCUUCAAAAGCACCUGGGAGCCGCAAUGAGACGCGAGUGAAAAUGAGCCGUAUGCGUCUGCGCAUCGCUGAGCGACUCAAGGAAUCCCAGAACGCGGCUGCAUCGCUCACGACGUUCAAUGAAAUCGACAUGUCUGCGCUCAUGGACCUGCGCAAGAAAUACAAGGAUGAGGUGCUGAAAGAGCAUGACGUCAAACUUGGCUUCAUGAGCGCGUUCGCCCGCGCAUGUACGUUGGCUUUGCAAGAACUACCUGUGGUCAACGCUUCUAUUGAGGGCGACGAAAUCGUGUAUCGUGACUUCGUCGAUCUUAGCGUUGCCGUCGCGACUCCUAAAGGUCUAGUCACGCCUGUCGUGAGGAAUGCAGAGAGCCUCGGCUUCUUGCAGAUUGAGAAGGAGAUCGCCGCCCUUGGUAAGAAGGCCAGAGACGGGAAACUAUCCCUUGAAGACAUGACAGGAGGCACUUUCACAAUUUCCAAUGGUGGAGUGUUUGGUUCCCUAUUUGGGACGCCGAUCAUCAAUCUUCCUCAGGCGGCCGUCCUUGGCAUGCAUACCAUCAAGGAAAGGCCAGUUGUUGUCAAUGGACAAAUCGUCAUCCGACCGAUCAUGAUCGUCGCCCUCACCUACGACCACCGUUUACUUGAUGGUCGGGAUGCUGUGACUUUCCUCGUGAAAGUGAAGGAGUAUAUUGAGGACCCCAGGAAGAUGCUCUUAGCACCCUUCUAGCCGUAGUAUUUGCUGUUGUGUGAUUAAGUACUAUCUUGCAUUAAUUACCUAGUCAGUGUCGAUGGAUCCUUAGGACUCGUGGG